AUGUCCACGCUGGAGAACUUGUGGGAGGAUGAACUCAAGAAAUUCAAGCUCAAGCUCAACAAGUUCCCCCUCAGGGAGGGCUAUGACAACAUCCCCCUAGGGACACUGGAGAAGGCAGAUGUGGUGGACUUAAGCCACCACCUUCUGAGUAUCUACCUGGAAGAUUAUGCUGUGCAGGUGACGGCCGAGGUCCUCAGAGCCAUCAACUGCAGAAACGGGGCACAGAGGCUCCUUGCCCGCACCGGGAAGGAGUAA